UGCUCCCAGAGGCCUUUGCGCCUAACCCAAAGGACUACAUCCCCCAGCGGCCUCUGCAGCGCCGCCACCGGAAGCGUUGGGCGAGUCGAGUGUCCUUGCGCGCGGAGUCGAGCGACCAUGGUGGCCCAAAUGUGGUCGCUGAUGAGGUUCCUCAUCAAAGGCAGUGUGGCUGGGGGUGCCGUCUACCUGGCCUAUGACCACGAGCUUCUAGGACCCAGCGAUAAAAGCGAGGCCGCACUGAGGAGGGCUGAGGAGGUGGUGCCCCCGGCCAUGUACCAGUUCAGCCAGUACGUGUGUGAGCAGGCCGGCCUGCAGUUACCACAGCUCCCAGACCCUCCAAAGAUUAACUUGCCCAUCCGAGAGUCCUGGAAUUCAGGCAUCCUCAAGGUGAUGUCUGCUCUGUCAGUGGCCCCCACCAAGGCUGUCAAGUACACCAAAGAGGGCUGGGAGUAUGUGAAAGAGCACGUCAAGUAACCAGUCAGCAGACACUGCCCACCCCACCCAAGCAAGGACAGGAGCACCUUGGGCUCGGCACCCCACCAUUGGGACCUCAUUCAGAGCAGCUUCCAGCUUCUCUGGCCCAAUAAAGGACUUUCGAAGUGUU